AUUAUCAACAACUAAAUCACAUCCCUAGUGCACAGUUUAUUAACUCUCGCGAAUAACACAACUAAUUUAACUAAAAGCAAACCGAACGUCGACAGCGAACGCGAGCGCCGCGGACUUGUGAAACCGGGCAAGAUGUAAGAGUGUCGCGUUUAAUUGAAAGCAACCCACAGAAUCGAGAGAGAGGCGUUGGCCAAAGAAGAAGCCGAGAAACGGAAGACGGAAAAAGCGAAUAGCGAGAAGAGAGACAGCUGAAAAAAUGCAUACAGGAGUGGUCGCGACUCGCGAGUAGCAAAUCGAGUUAAAUCGCUAAGUUUGAUUGCAGCAGGCCAAACAAGUGUUUCGUUUCCGUUCAGAGUGUAAAAGCUAGCUAGCAAAACUCAAACAACGCCCAAGGAGCCAAAUAGAAAAAAAACCAGCGAACAAGAGGAAGCAGACGCGAAGCUGCGUUUUGUUGAUUUUAAUUCUCCUGUGUGUGUGUGUGUUUGUGGCGAAAAAAGCAUUUUCCAGAGAGCGAGUGGGAGAUCGGGAGAGUGGGCAACUAUCAUUCCAGGCAAAGUGAACAUGCUUUUGGCCAGAAAAAACCAUAAAUCUGUUGAGCCGAGCACAUUUUUCCCGUGAAAAACUCGCAUACAUACACACGCGCGCACGCACGCACGCACUCACGCAGGCACGAAGGCAGGCAGCAGCCAGCCAGGAAAAACCAAGCAAACGCAAACACUCGUAGGGGGAGAGAGCGAGAGAGAAGCGUACGCGAAAAUCAUCAUGUCCAGCUGGGCUGAACGCGUCCACAGGCGUGCCGCCGAUCUGGGCAACGUGGUCACAUCCUGCGGCCAUCCGGCCACCGCCCCCGCCUAUCCGUACCGCCUGGAGAAGGUCAAGUUCGGGGUGCCGCUGGAGGAGGUGUGCAAGCACAACAACAACAUUCCAGGACCCUUGCUCGUCCUCAUUCUGAAGCUGAACAAGGAGUCGCCGAAUCGGCGCGAUGUAUUCCGCGCCCCCGGCCACCAGGGCACCAUGAAGAAGCUCAUACACUUCCUGCAGGCGGGCCGCUUGGUGAACGUCGACAACUAUUCGGUCUUCACCAUUGCCAGCGUCCUGAAGAAGUUCCUUCGCAAAAUACCCAAUGGAAUAUUCGGGCGCAGCGGCGAAAUGGAGCUGUUUGCCAUCAACGAUCUGCAGAAUGAAUCGGAGCAGACGGAGCGCCUGCACAGACUCUUCGGUUCGCUGCCAAAAUACACACAGCAUCUAUUAGUUUUAUUGUUCGGCACAUUCCGGGUCAUCGCUAGCAAUGCGGCCCAUGCCUCCACCGGAAUGACCAGCGAGGCACUGGGCGUAUCCGUGGCACCCAGUUUCUUUCAAUCCUGCGUUAGUGAUGGAAAAACCGCUCGCAUGGAGGAUGUGCUCAAAUUCAAGGUUGCUACCAAAAUCAUGCAAAAUAUAAUUGAUAAGUUUGCCACCCACGACAUCUUUGGGCGUGAUAAUUAUGAAUAUUAUGCCCGCGUCACAGGACGCAUACUCAAGGUGCAGGAUGAGUGGAUUUGCAGCUUUCAGUAUCCACCACCGCCGCGUGGUAAAUUGGCUCAACAGAAAUAUGCAUUACAACAUUCAUUGGAGGCGGAGAAGACCUGGCUGCAGUGCCAAUGCGAGCGUUGGGGCUUACUGGCCCAGGAAGAGUCCCGAUCGACGCCCGCCCUGCUGACCAGUUCCAGUUCGGCGUUGGAGAACAGCGUUCUCUCGCUGGGCGUCUCACCGGAACACUCGUUCAUCGAGAGCUGUGCCCGCCUCUCCGUAUCGCUGGAGGGUCCCGGCAUUUUUGCCAUGACCUCGUCUCCACUCCCGGCCAAGCGAAAUGGAAAUGGGAAUGGCAAUGGCAAUGCUACGGACUAUGAUUACGAUGACUAUGCCGAUGAUGACGAGGACAAUGAUGAGCUGGAUGGCGUUCAUGACUUUGGGGCCGAGCUGGAAAUAAGCAGCAUAGCGCCGCCACAUGGAAGUCGAGGCAUAUAUCGCCACAAACAGCGACCCCAGCAGCCACUUCACUACCAAGAGCAAGCGCAGCAGCAUCAGCAGCCGCAACAGCAGCAGCCACACCACCGCCAGCGAGACUACGAAGAUGAUGAUGACGACGAUGAGGACGACAUGACCGUUGUGAAGCGACGCUAUCGCCAGAACAAGAAGAAGCCGGCCCCCACGAGCAGUAGCCAUCACCAGCGGCGGUUGCGUACGGGAACCAAGAGCCUAGAUGGCGGAGGCGUUGGCGGUGGCGGCGAGCGACGUCCAUCAGCAGGAUCGAAUGCUGGAGGCAAUCCCGUUGGCAAUCCCACACCGCCCAAGCCCAAGCAACGCACCUGCAGCCGCUGCAAUCGGGGCAUACGUCACAGCAGCUCCUGCAGCUCCAACUCAGCCGGUGCCACAGGCUCCAACGGGGGAUCUGGAGCGGCGGGCAACGGUGGAGCGGAGGGCGGCAUGACCAUGGAUGAACUGAGAGCCGUCAAUCGCUAUGCGGAGAGCACAAAGAGCCUCUCGUAUCUGCCACAGCGAAAGAUAUAGAAUCAAGAAGCAAGAAUAUCCUAGCUAUUAAGUUUUACUUUCUCUUUCUUUUGUCUUUAUUUCACCUUUACGAUUUUCUGUUGCGAAUUUUGAUUUUCAGUUAUUUUUUUUAUUGUAUUAAAUUUUUUGAUAUGUACAAGUUUUCUUUCUUUUUUUGUCAAGUGGAAAUGUUUUUUCCUUCUUAUCACUAUCUAUCACUGACUUUAUCUAUCUUAACUCUCACCUAGCAAAUUGUUAAACGAAUUUUGUGUUUCAUUUUUGGAAAUGUGUUUGCCUUUUGCAUAGUUUACUUUAUUAUUUUUCUUUUCUUUUCAUUAUUUGUAUGAUUUUUCUAUAAUCUAACUAAAACCAAAUUUGUGCGCCUGCCAACGAUAUCAAAAAUUACUACUACUCACACAACAACAACAACAAUUACAACAAUCAACAACACAUUUAAUAUUAUUGUAAAACAUAAGAAACCCCAUCACAACUCCCCAAAAACGGUACAAAAAGUACACAAAAUCAAAAUUUAGUUAGUUUAAAAAGAAAAAAGAAAAACAGCACCAAAAACAGACAUUAAAAACUAAAACAUAACAAAAUCAAAAGGAAAUAAAAUGUGAACCAUUCCAACGAAAAACAUAGAAAACAUUUUAUAAAUACACCUGCUCCUACUUAUAGACACCUAUUUUCACUAAAUAAAAAACAAGUGCUAAACCAAAUUGCGUAUUUAAUAAUACAAAACCAAUUGGGAAUUAUAAGAGACAAGUUUAGGCUUCAGCUGAGAUUGGAAUUGUAAAUAAAUAUUCAAAGAUUGUAGGUUUAAUUAGUGAUCAGACUUUAGUUUCGGGGAAUUUCAUGUGGAUCUUUGGAUUUUCUGGACCUAAAAAAGAACUUGGAUCAAGCAGAAGUAUACAACAUAUUUUCCACAAACUCAAUCUCUUGUACACAACUUGUAAAUGUAGAUGUUAUUUUAAAGAUACUACACCUUAUUAUUAUUUAUUUAUGAUGUAAUCGGAUAGACCACACUCUGUAUUAUAAGCUUCUUCCUUUGAUUUCGUUGUAAUCAUUAUUUUGUAAUAUAUAUUUAUUUUUAGAGACCUAAGCCAUAUUGUUAUCUCUGCACUAUAGUUUAAUUUCAAUGUUAUCAUAUAUUUUGUAAUUCUUCUCCUUUGUCUUUGCCUUGUCUAUGUAGCUUAGAAAUGCCUGCCUUUGUUUGCUGUGCACCCUGCAUAAAUGCAUGUAGCUAAAUUACUUAACCAAAUAACAUUUAGUUGAUAAGCAAAAAGCAAAAACAAAACACAGACAUAAUCAUGCGAAUCAUACUACAAAAGACACAAGCCCCGAGAUAUAUACAUAUUGCAUUUGUAAUUAAUUCUUCUUUAUUCCUGAAUGUUGUUGUGUUUCCACCUCAAAAGAUGAGCAAUCAAAGCGCGCUUGUUGGCGGUUUUUUCACUGAAUGUUGUUUCCUUAAUUAAUUAUAUUUUUAAUUUUAUGCUUGUUCCGUAUGUUGGGGGUAUUCAUGGUAAAAUGUAUCCUUUUAUUCCUUGUCACUUCGAAUACCCCUAGUGUUUAAUCAUUUUGUAUAAUCUUGCACAGCUUUUUUUUCACUCUGCGCUGAUUCUGCCACUGAAACUAAAUGUUUUGUUAACAAUUUAUUACGUUUUUUUUUUUAAUUUUAAU